GCCACUGGACUGUAAUGCCACUACUGAACCGACAGCCUUGUUCUAGGUUAGGUUAUGUUGUGAUUAUUAAAUUAUCAAGAAUAAUAAUCAUAGUAAAAUAAUAUUUAAAACAUGAGUGGAACUGAAAAUGAGCCCGAAUCGGAUUUUAAUGAAUCCACUAAUUCCACACUUCACAAUGUAUCUCAGGCAUUAGACAGCGACUUUGAUUCCUUAAAGAAGACCGACAAACAGAAAAUUGACAUAUUACUUAAACCUACGGGAAAUGCUCCUAUUAUGAAACGUAGAAAAUGGGCAGUUGACGCGGAGAAACCAUUGGGUUGGAUAGUCGAGUUUGUGAAAAAGUAUUUGAAAUUAGAAGCGCACGAACGAGUGUUUCUCUACGUGAAUCAAACGUUCGCCCCCUCUCCCGAUCAAAUUGUAAAGAACUUGUACGAUUGCUACAAUACGGACGGGAAGUUAAUUCUCCAUUAUUGUAAGACACAGGCGUGGGGUUAAUUUAUGUGGGAAAUUAGUAUGAUUUACGCUUCUAUGUGAUAUUUAUUUGUAUAUUGUACCUAUUUGACUUUUAGCAAUCUUGAUUUUUGUAUGACAUGAAAAUUAUCUUGAGAAUAUAUUUAUGGAGACAUU